GUUGGCCACAUCCGUGCGGAGCGGGACAUUCUCGUGGAGGCGGACAGUCUGUGGGUUGUGAAGAUGUUCUACAGUUUUCAGGACAAGCUAAACCUCUACCUCAUCAUGGAAUUCCUUCCCGGAGGUGACAUGAUGACGCUGUUGAUGAAAAAAGACACUCUAACGGAAGAAGAGACCCAGUUCUACAUCGCUGAGACGGUGCUAGCCAUUGAUUCCAUUCAUCAGCUCGGUUUUAUCCAUCGAGACAUAAAACCCGACAACCUCCUUCUGGACAGCAAGGGGCACGUGAAACUCUCCGAUUUCGGUCUGUGUACUGGACUAAAGAAAGCCCACAGAACAGAAUUUUACAGAAACUUGAACCACAGUCUGCCUAGUGACUUCACUUUCCAGAACAUGAAUUCCAAAAGGAAAGCCGAGACUUGGAAGAGAAACAGACGGCAGUUGGCUUUUUCUACUGUGGGCACUCCGGAUUACAUCGCCCCGGAAGUUUUCAUGCAGACGGGGUACAACAAGCUCUGUGACUGGUGGUCCCUCGGGGUCAUCGUGUACGAGAUGCUGAUCGGUUAUCCGCCGUUCUGUUCGGAGACUCCUCAAGAGACAUACAAGAAAGUGAUGAAUUGGAAAGAGACUCUCACAUUCCCUCCCGAAGUUCCAAUAUCUGAUAAAGCCAAGGAUCUUAUUUUAAGAUUUUGCUGUGAAUGGGAGCACAGAAUUGGUGCGUCUGGUGUGGAGGAAAUCAAGAGUAACCCGUUCUUCGAAGGGGUCGACUGGGAGCAUAUCAGAGAGAGACCUGCUGCAAUCUCGAUAGAAAUUAAAAGCAUUGAUGAUACCUCAAACUUUGAUGAAUUUCCAGAAUCUGAUAUCCUUAAACCAACAGUGGCAGCAAGCAACCAUCCCGAGACUGACUACAAGAACAAAGACUGGGUUUUUAUCAAUUACACCUACAAGCGCUUCGAAGGCCUGACAGCCCGAGGAGCGAUCCCAUCCUACAUGAAAGCAGGAAAGUAGUGAUUCCGUACCUGGGACAACUGAGCUGUGAAAUCCUGUUCCUCUGCUUUGGGUUUAUACCCCCAAAAGAACUUUUUACUCUUCUUUUUUUUAAAGAAAACUCGAGGGCUGUCGACUCUCAGGGGAGACUUCAGGACCCUGUUUUGUUACGCAUCCUGGUUGUCACUCGGGAUUUUUUUCUCAUUCUGCGCCAUGGAAAA